CAAGUCCCUGUUGACAGGAGAAGAUGAAAAAAAAAAAAAAACCCUCAAAGCGCACAAUCUGCUCAGUAAGGCUGGGAUCUUGGCUGCAGAAGGGACUGAUCGUGUUAAGGUCCAUCAAGAGACUGAUGUUCAUGAGAUGGGAAGCUAUAGUCUUUUGAGCAAGUGUGCAUAAUUUACGAAAUCGGAGUAUUCUACCCGCCGGAGAACCUGAUAUGGUUCGCUGCGUUGUUAAUUACUCCAACCUACGACGUAUCUGGAUGUUGUGCAGAUAUGUUCAUUUCUAGAAUGAUUUUAUGAAAUUCCUUAUUUGAAAUUUUAGAAUUGAUUUUUUUUUUUUUUGUUCUUUCUACCAAUUAAAUCAGACUCUGGAUGAUGUGCAGGAAAGCGAUGCAAAGUGGGCAAGUCAAGAGGCUAAAAAAUUGAAACAUUAUUUUGGAGUGGUUUUGUUAAAGUUAGAAUCCACGUUGGCUUAAUUUAAAAACUGAUCAAAGCAUGCAGGCUUUUAUUCUACGCCUUGCGGGGAGGAAGAUGAACCCAGCUCUUGUUUUGUCUCAUAAUUACACUUCGCUUUUAUUCUUUUUCUUUUUCUUUCUUUUUAAUUCCAGGUCUGAUGUGUUUCUCUCGAGGACACCCUUCCGUUACGCUUUUUUAAAGCCUGCAGUGGUAGUGUUGGGUUGUUUCUUUUUCUUUUUUUUGAAACUUUCCUUUUUCUUUUUUUUUUUCCUGAACUUUCGACCUUUUUAGGUCCUUCCGCGUUUUCUUAGCUGUUACUAAUUCUACGCGUUUUUAAGUAAU